CAGAAAGGCGGAUUUGCACCAGUGCAGCCUAAAGAAUUACCUGGUCUAUUUUUACAUGAUCGUAUACUCUUCCAGUGAUUAAAUUACAUUAUAAGAUAUUUUCAUUCAAUCUACUACAAUUACAACUUCAAAUAUUUCCAUCAAAAGUUGAGGCAACCUAUACCAGAAUGUGAAUUUAUGGAAUUAAUACCGGGUAAUUCAUGUGGAAGGGGUGAAAUGGAAAGCUGUAACAAACAACUUUUGUUGAAUCGGUACGAGAAAGAGACAUUUUCAACAAGUCCGUAUCAUAAACUAGCAUUGCACAUUUUUCUCUGUGAACUCAGCCCACAAGAAAUGAUACUUUUUCAAAGGGUGCUUUAUAACGAUAGGUUUUCUUCCAGAGACUUCCUAGCAAGUAAUCAAGAAUAUCAGUCAACGUCUUGGUUGCUACAAUAUAUCGUCAGGAAUUUUCGAAAUCUAUACCAUUUUAUAUCUACAGUAUACAAUUAUGAUUUUAGAACUACAAAAAUAUAUAAAGAACUUGGUUACAAGCUUUUCAAUAUCUGUGAAAAUAUAAGAGAUUACUACUUAAGCCCGCGCGUGGUAUACAGAAUUGACGCCUCAGAAAGAAGAAACAUACACUUGUAUUUUGAAAACAUGAAAAAAUGUUUACAAGCAAUGAUAUUUCGUGAUCCCGUACAACAUCUGAAGAAGCUUUCACAAGAAAUGAGAGAAAAAAUUUACAGUCAUCUCUCUAAAAUCGGGAAUCAAAAGGAAACUCGGCAUUUUCGGGAGUUAUGCGACAAAUACGUCGUAGUACAAGCACUGGCAUUAGAUGCACUUUCAAAUAAAACCAAUGAAAUCAGCCCUGAUGAUCAACUGUUUGAGAACAUAGAAUCAAUAAUUUCAAUGACGUCAUGUCCGAACUUGUCUAGAUGCCUGUUAAAUGGAAGGAGGGCGGUCGUCUUGUCAUUCGCAAACAGGAAAGGUGAUGGCGAGGGGGUAGUGUUACAAGCUUUAACAGAUACCGCUAAUGUAACAGGCUGCUUAGAAAUCGUGGAUAUGCACUAUAAAAUAGUUCUAUUCCGGAGGGCCUGGUUUGAAAAGUUUCCACAGAUAGAAUUGAAUUCCAUAUACGAGCACCUGCAAACCGCUUUGUCUAUUCUUCAAAAUGAACCCGACGACGUACGGAUGCACUGGACAAGACAAUUCAUAUUCCGUCUCCUUUGCUGUCUUUUGGGCUUAGGCAUGCGCUGUCGUUUUCUUCCCAAUUUUCAUCUACCACAGCGUGUCCUGCAAGAAUCAGAGCGUUUACUGAAAGAGUAUGGAAUGAAAGAGGCAGAAGGUCGAGUUCAAAUGUUUUAUUUUAUUCUGAAAUCUAGAUUGCACCAAUUAAAAUGUGAGAGUAAUCUAGCCAUAGAUUACAUAGAAAAGGCCGAGGCGCUAGCAAAAACUGGGCAAUAUAAUGAACUAGAGGUCAUUCAGGACGCAAAAGACAGACUUUACCUUUCGGAUGCUCCAUCUUUAUCAACCGAUACCGAGACCACUGAUAGUUUCCAAGGUGAAUGUGCUAAACUGACACUUGAUCUUCCGCCUUCGUAUCCCCUUCCGGACAUUGAUGAUCACAGCAACUAUGUGUCGUUGACAAAUUCUAGCCCGGAAUCAAGUUAUCAGGAGUUCACCUCUAAUACUUAAUAAAGUCUUAUGUUUUUUCAAUGAAUAUACCU